ACCUAUAUUUUAUGCUUUUCCCUUUUCUUCUUCUUCGUAGGUUCCCUUCAUGAAGGGUUUUUAGGGUUUUUAAUUUCUGACUUUGGGAACUUGUAUAUUUCCAAUUCCCAAAUUGAAGUGUUUAUGUUUUGAAUUAGUUGAAGAAAAAGUAGUGAUUGAGUUGUUCAAGUCAACCGUCAUGGAUCAUUUUUGCUGUUUGAAGUCUUCUUUUGCUAAGCUUGUAUCCACGCGAUCAUCCUGCGACACGGGUAAGGGGAAGAAUCAUCAAGGGUCAAUAAAGUAUGGUUUCACACUAGUGAAAGGGAGAGCUAAUCAUCCAAUGGAGGAUUUCCAUGUUGCCCAGUUCGUGCAGUUACAAGGAAAAGAAUUGGGUUUGUUUGCUAUUUAUGAUGGCCAUUCGGGUGAUAGUGUUCCUUCCUACUUACAGAAACAUCUAUUUUCCAAUAUUUUAAAAGAGGAUGGAUUUUGGGAGGACCCUGCCGCAUCUAUCUCAAAAGCAUAUCUGAGCACAGAUAAGGCCAUUCUUUCGCAUAGUUCUGAUUUAGGGCGUGGCGGAUCAACAGCUGUAACUGCAAUACUAAUCAAUGGUCAACUGUUAUGGACGGCUAAUGUAGGAGAUUCACGAGCAGUUCUUUCAAGAAAAGGCCAAGCAGUGCAAUUGACUACAGAUCAUGAGCCCAACACAGAACGCGGCAGCAUUGAAAAUAAAGGUGGUUUUGUCUCCAACAUUCCAGGUGACGUACCUAGAGUAAAUGGACAACUGGCAGUUUCUCGUGCAUUUGGAGACAAGAGCCUCAAGUCUCAUUUGCGAUCAGACCCUGAUGUACAGGGGACCGAUGUAGAUGUUGAUAUUGAUAUUCUAAUCCUUGCAAGUGAUGGACUUUGGAAGGUAAUGAGUAAUCAAGAAGCAGUUGAUAUUGCUAGAAAGAUAAGAGAUCCACUGAAAGCAGCUAAGAAUUUAACAGCUGAAGCAUUAAAAAGAGAUAGUAAGGAUGAUAUAUCUUGCGUCGUGGUUAGAUUUAGGAGUUGAUAAUAUAUAUUUUAGAUCACAGGUUUCUUGCUGAAUGAUAAAGUUUAUAGCACUAAAAUAAAGGUUUAUAGAUAUAAAUAUAUAUCUCUCUCUACAUGGCAUGCCAGUCAUGGACUGCAACAAACACAUCAUAUACUACAUACUUGGUUGGAGUUAGUUUUGACUAAAUUCAUUUAGGGAAAAAGGGUGUGUCAACCUUUGAGUUUGUUUACAAAUUAGAUUUUUGUUUGUUUGAGAAUUGAGAUUGUUUGAUUACUUUAUUUCUAGUGUGAAUACUAGGAGUUA